UACCCAAUCCAAGUACAGGGAGUGCAGAGAAAGCGCAACUACAUGUCCAAUGAAACAGCCCAAAAAAGUACAGAGUUAAAAAAAUUUUAAGUAAAAAAAAAAAAAAUAAAAACUCUUGAUAAAUAAUGUGAAGUUUAAAUAUUUAUAAAAAAAAUAAACUUUUGAACAGUGAAUCCUUAGGUGAGGAUUUUAAAAGUCAUAAAUUAAUUAAAGUAAAUAAAUAAACGAACAUAAACAUCAUGUAGAUAAAAUUAUUAACCUAAAACAAAACGCUUGGUUUUAAAAAAAUGCUCCUAGAAUUUUAAAUGUUUAAAUUUUUGACAGUUAAAUAUAAUUCCAUUUAAUUAAAAAAUGAUGACAACAAAUUUUAUGGGAGACUCAUAAUUUAAACAUAAAGUUUUAGUGUUAAUUAUUUAUAUAAAAAUUAUUUGACAGAAUGGAGGAACAAGCGGAAGAACUAACAGUGGCCUUGGCAUCAGUCAAGGAAGAGCCACUUGACUGCAUAAAUACUCAAGAAUUGCAGCCACCGGCCCAGCAACCAGCAGAAGAUGACGACCAGGAGCAACGAAAUGUCUGUACACCAGAGAGUCAUUCCGAGGCGCGGACAUUUUUGGCAAAAUGUGUUUUCUGCAGCAAAACAUUUACCAGCGAUGACAAUUCAAAAUUACUUGAGUGUCUGCAUGCCGCAUGUACUUCUUGUAUCGCAAGAAAAUUAAGUGACCACAAUGUCUACUCAGACUCUGAUAUACUUAUUGAGUCAAAUGUUAUUGUCUGUCAGGUUUGCAAUGUCGCGACUCAGACUGAAAAUUUAAUAGACAAUAAAUUUCACAGUAAGUUUUUGCUGCUUGAUGAUUUAGAAAGUUCUGCUGGUGGUGGUGACACUUCUGAUGACACUACAGAUCCUGAUGAUGAUAAAAAAUGCACAAGUUGUCAUGAUAACGCCUCGGCAACGAGCUGGUGUGUUGACUGCAAGGAAUUUAUUUGUGAAAAUUGUGUCAAUGCGCAUCAGAGAUUGAAAAUAACCAAAGAUCAUACGAUAAAGCCGAAAAAUGAAGUGACUAAUCAGCAAUCAGCAUCAGAUUUGGAGAAAAAAAAUUUGAAACUGUUACAAUUGAGUUGUUUGUUCUGCUCGAUCCACACUCAUGAACAGUUGACGUUAUUUUGUCAGACUUGCGAUCAGUUGACGUGUCGGGACUGUCAGUUGACUGAUCAUCGUAACCAUAAGUAUAAAUUUAUUCGCGAAAUAGCUUUUGACACACGUGCGUCGGUGUCUACGCUGCUAAAAGAAGUUAUUUAUAAACGGGUAUUGUUGAAAAGUGCAAUGAAAGUUAUUGAGGAGCGGCAGGUGCUGAUUGUUGAUAAAAAGAAACGUCUUGUACAGGAAAUAACUCGGAUGGUGGUACAGCUGACCAAGGCUAUAAGUUCCCGGGGUAAGCAGUUGAUAACUCGGCUGACUGAAGUCUGCGAUCAGAAACAGUCGACUUUGAAUGAGAAAAAAGAAGCUCUGGACCAGCUGUCUAAGCUCACUGAUCACUGCAUACAGUUUGUUAACUAUGCGCUAGAAAAAGGCUCGGACAUGGAAAUACUUUAUAGCAAAAAAUCCGUAGUUGGACAUUUACAGCGGAUUAAAAAUCGACGAGCGGAUAUUCCGAACCCGGAAAUUCCAGUGAGAAUAAAUUUGUCACUAGAAAAAGUACCGGAUCUUAUUAAAAUAAUAUCGUCAAUUGGUGCUAUUGUCGUUGACGGCAGAGUUUAUCCCUCUGGUUCACCAUCAUCGGGUACCAGCACUCCAACAACUUUAGUUGGAGAGCUUCCUGCUGAGCCGAAACAAAGUCCUCUUUUAAGUAAUGACGGAUCUUCUGUUAAUCUUCAGCAAACAGCAGCGCAAGCCGGUUCAUUUCCAACUGUUACUUUGCCUUAUCCUCCUCAACCGCAGCCGCAACCUCAGCCUCAGCCUCAACCUCAACCUCAACCUCAACCUCCUCCUCAACCUCAACAACAACAACUUCCAGGAUUACAAUCACUGCAACCAAACCAACAAAAUUACCCGCCACCAUAUCCAGCUCACACAAUGCCACCAAGAUCAUCACCUCAGACACUUCAGCCACAUCAGCGCAUGCCCUAUACGAUGUACAACGGAUCGACAAUGAGACCCAUGAUGAUGUCACGAACUGGUCUGCCGAAUUGUCAUCAACAGCAAGUGACAUCAUCGACCCACCCGCAGCAGCAGCAACAGCAGCAACAACACCAACAGCAGCAGCAGCAACUUCACAUGGACCAACUCAGUGGACAGAACUCCAGCUUACGAGGACUUCUAGCCCACAACCCGCCUCCAUUUCGUCCAGCAACAAAUCACGUUACUUACAGACUACCACCAGGUUACCGAUAUCCCGGUGGCAAUGUCACUAUACCUCGCACAGCACCGCCUACAUAUCAACCAACAAAUCCCGCGUUGGUCUCCGGUGGACGUGUCCAACAAUUGACUCCAGGUGCAACCGGUGUCAGUUCACCGAUAAACUACCCGCUGUAUCCGCAAGCAGCUCGCUGGCACAUACCCCAGGGUAACAUCCAGCCAAUAUAUUAUCCGAGACCCAACGUCCGACUAGUGCCUCCACAUCACGAUGAUUUUAAAAUUAUUUUGAAGAAUCAAAACAAUAAUAAUAUCGCUAACAAUAAUAACAGCAACAAUGCUAAUAAUAUGAGUAAUAUUAAUAAUAAUAUUAAUAAUAAUAAUAAUAAUAAUAAUAAUAAUAAUAAUAGUAAUAAUAAUAUUAAUAAUAUUAAUAAUAAUAAUAAUAAUACUAAUAGUGGUAUUAAUAUAAACCACCCGAAAAAUAUAAGUGCUGGCGUUAAUGUCAAUGGACAGAACCAGUUGAUACAGCUGGCGAAUGUCAGUGGUCUUGCAAAUACAGUCUCGUCAUCAGUACCGAAGACUCCGAGUCCAGUUCCAGGUAAAUCCGAUGAAACUGAAAAAACUUUGGAUAAAUUUUGCCAGAAAUCACUGAACGACUUGAUGCUCACUAUCGCCAAGUUGGAUUCCAAUGGAAUUGUCGUGAUACCAGAGGCGCAGAAAAAUCAAAUGGACACUUCGCAAGUCGACAGUUCAACUGAUGAAGGAAUUAAUAUGGACAAUGCAUCUGUUGUUCUGUCAGAUGCUAAAGCGACUGCUGUCUCGAUGACUAAAGAUGAUCCGAAUGAAGAUUGGUGCGCAGUUUGCAUGGACGGCGGUGAUGCUGUUCUGUGCUGCGAUAAGUGUCCGAAAGUAUUUCACUUGUACUGCCACAUUCCCAGUUUGAAAACUUUUCCUGAUGAAAGUGAAACCUGGCAAUGUAUGCUGUGUACAAAUGUAUUAGAUUGUUCAGAAGACCCACCUGAAGAUAGACGAUCAAACACGAUGAGUCCAAAGGACCUAAGAAUAGCUCAAAGAAUUGUUUUAGAGCUCUAUUGCCAGUAUGAACAAAGUCUUCCAUUUCGAGAAGUCGUUUCUCGAGAAAUCAUAGAAUAUCAUCAGGUUAUAAAAAAACCGAUUGCCUUAGAUGUAAUUAGAGAUAAGUUGAAAUCAGAUAACCCGAAUCAUUACACUGAUUUAAAACAAGUAAUGGCGGAUAUAAGAUUAAUGUUUAAAAAUGCUUAUACUUUUAACCCAGUCGAUUCACAAGUGUAUCAACAAGCGCGUAAUCUCGAAGAAUUUUUCGAGAAAUUAUUAUUGAAAUGGGCACCGAAUUACGCGUACGAUGAUCCACUGCUGACACCCGAAGAGGAUGAAGAUUUAUUUCCACCUAAUAGAAAAUAUCGGCGUAUAAUCAAUGAUUAAUACUCCAUUUAUUGAGUGAUUGAUUGAUUGCUUGAUUGAUUAUUUAUUAAGAAAAUAAUUAAAUUGAAUAGAUUUUAACACGAACAAUUGUUAAAAUCUACUCUAAAAAUUUAGAGUAGACUGAUGAUAUAUAUUUAUGUAUUUACAGGAAAUUUUUACAAUUUUUUUUUUUUUUUAAUUGCAAUAAUUGUACACUUUUUUAUAACACGUAAUUAUUGUAGAUUAUUACUGUCGAUUAUUAUGACUAUUAUAAUUAUUGUCUUUUGAGAGUUAGAACUUUUUUUUUAUCA